GCUCCAAAAUUGAACUUGAAGUUGUCCCUCCUAAAGAGCUACUCAAUCGCUGGGCAAUGCUCUCUGCACUGUUGCUAGUACCAUCCCCGAUCCCUCUCCUCCUCUAGCGCAUCAUCAUGGUCACAGCUGGUCUUCCAGAUGUGAUAGAGGAUCCCUAUGUUGUUGCUCUGAACCCCGGGGUUGCAGAGAUAAUGAGGCCUGAUCCUUAUCGUCAACCUGUGCAAAUGGUUUUGCUCAUUUAAUUUCGAAUAACUUACAAUGCCAUCCGUUGUUAAUCUCAAUCUCAAUAUCAGAAAACUCUCUACAGAAGGUCGGCUGAAAGAUGCGGUUCGCAUUGUACUUGCCAGGCAAAACCCUGCUGUAGAUUCUUCUGCAUAUGUUCAUCUAUUACAGGUUUGCAUUGCAAGGAAAGCCCUUUCAGAGGGCAAGCAAAUCCACUCUCACAUUAACAAGAGGGGUUUUACACUUGCGACAGACACGUUUUUACAAAACACACUAUUCAACAUGUAUGAAAAAUGCGGAAGUUUGGUGGAUGCUCGCAAUGUUUUUUAUCACAAUAUCGAACCAGACGUCUUUUCAUGGAAUGUGAUAAUUACAGCUUACAGAAAUAAUGGGUUCCCUCAGGAAGCAUUCACGACGUUCUGCCAAAUGCAGCGAACAGAUGUUCAACCUGAUCACUUCACCUUCUCCGCUAUCCUUCCUGUAUGUGCCAGCUUGGCAUCUCUAAAACAUGGUUUGCAGAUCCACGGAAGAAUAAUAAGAUGUGGGUUUCUAUCCAAUGUUAUUGUGAUGAAUACCCUGAUGGAUAUGUAUGCAAAAUGUGGACGCAUGGAAAACGCACGCGAAGUGUUUGACAGAAUGACUCUGCGAGAUGUAAUAUCAUGGAAUGCAAUUAUCUCUGAGUAUGCACAACAUGGACAUAUUGAAAAAGCCUUGGAGAUUUUUAAGCAAAUGCAAUCGACAGGCGUAAAGCCUAACUCAUCAACAUUAGCCAGCAUCCUCCCAGUGUGUGCUAAAAUGGGAGAUUUGGAUCAGGGUAUGGAGAUCCACCAAAAAAUAAUGGAAAAUAGAACUUUGUCAGAUGUUGUAGUUUUGACUGCCCUGAUAGACAUGUAUGCAAAAUGUGGAAGCAUACUGAAGGCAUAUGAGCUGUUUGAGAAAAUACCCCAACGAAAUGUGGUAUCAUGGAAUGCAAUGAUCGUAGGAUAUGCACAAAAUGGGUUUGUUGAGAAAUCCUUGGAGACUUUUGAGCAAAUGCGUUUGGUAGGUGUCAAGUCAGACUUAUCCACCUUUGCCAGCAUCCUCCCAGCCUGUGCGAAGAUGGGAGCUUUGCAACAGGGUAUGGAUAUCCAUCAAAUCGUAAUCAAAAGUGGGUUUUUGUCAGAUGCUGUAGUUGUCACUGCAUUGAUAGACAUGUAUGUAAAAUGUGGACACAUACAGAAGGCCCACAAAUUGUUUGACUAUAUGCCUCAACGGGAUAUGGUCUCAUGGACUGCAAUCAUUUCUGGAUAUACACAUGCUGGACUUGUUGAUAAAGCCUUGGAGAUCUUUAAGCAAAUGCAAUUCACAGGUGUAAAACCAGAUACACCAACUUUUGCUAGCAUCCUGCCAGCUUGUGCCAAACUUGGGGCUUUGGCACAGGGUAUGGAAAUCCAUCAAAGAGUAAUUGAAAGUGGAUUUGUGUCCGAUGUGGUUGUGACUGCCUUGAUGGACAUGUAUGCAAAAUGUGGGAUUAUACAGAAAGCAGUUAAAUUGUUCAAGAAAAUGCAUCAUCCAGGUGUGGUCUCAUGGAACGCAAUUAUUGCAGGUCAUGCGAUGCAUGGAUAUAGCAAAGAUGCCUUUGAACUCUUCGAGCUGAUGAAGCACUCUGGUACAAACCCAGACCAUGUGAGCUUCCUUUGUGUUCUAUUUGCUUCCAGUCAUGUAGGUUCUGUGGAUGAUGGCUCUAAAUACUUCAAUCACAUGACCAACUCUUAUGGGAUCAUGCCAAAAAUGGAACAUUAUGUAUGCAUGGUUGACAUUCUUGGCCGUGCUGGCUAUCUUGAGGAGACCCUGAACUUCAUUAUUAAAAUGCCAAUAAAACCUGGCAUGGUUGUGUGGGAGUGUCUACUUGCUGCUUGUAGAUCACACAAGAAUAUAGGCUUAGGAGAAUUUGUCUCAAGACUCAUCCUCGAGAUUGAUCCGAAAACUGCUGCACCUUAUGUUCUUCUGUCAAACAUUUAUGCAGAAGCUGACAGAUGGGAUGAGGUUCAGAAGGUAAGGAAUUUGAUGAAACACAGAGGAAUUCAGAAGAUACCUGGAUGUAGUUGGAUUGAACUUCAUAAAAUGGUACAUGGUUUUUGCUCAGGGGACAAAUCACACCCACAAACACAAGAGAUUUAUGCAAUGUUGGAGAAAUUGUCAUGGGAGAUGAAGGCAGCGGGGUAUAUUCCAGAUACAAAACCUGUAUUAAGUGAUGUGGAGGAGGAGGAGAAGGGAUUACUCAUCUGCCAUCAUAGUGAGAAGUUGGCAAUCGCAUUUGGAUUGUUAAACACAUCACCUGGAACAACUAUUAGAGUUGUCAAGAACCUUCGUGUAUGUGUUGACUGCCAUACAGCAACCAAAUUUAUCUCUAAGGUUGCUGCAAGAGAAAUUAUUGUCAGAGAUGCAAACCGUUUCCAUCAUUUCAAACAUGGACAAUGUUCUUGUGGAGAUUAUUGGUGAUGCUAAGUGAAGCAAUCCCUAGAAGCAACCUUGCACUAGAACAAGAUGAUUCCUGUCAGGCUUGCUUUGGAAGCCUGUACAGUUCUGUAAUGAAAAUUUGGAGUAAGAGGUGGAAGAAUGGGAAAUGUGGAAGGAGUCAAAUCACAAAUGCUUGAAGGAGAUGGAAAGCUUCCAAGCCAGCAAUAAAUGUGAAAGAAAGGCUUGAAAUCAAAACCAGUCCUUGUGUAAGGUCUACCAUUUGGGCCUAAAUUAUAAGUGGCAAAUUAUAUAUGCGGAUGUAUAUAUUUCCAGGUGGAUUUUUCAAUUUAUGGUCAUGGAAUUUCAAGAAAAUUUCAUGUUGGUGGAAUUAACUUGUAGAGACUGUUAUUUAAAUCCAAGAUGAAUCAGAGUGAAAAAUCAUAGGGUUACUGAAGGAGCUCAGCCUAAUUGGUGAUGAUGAUGGUGUGUAACACAAUCCUCCAAGGUUAAAAUCUCCAGAUGUGCGAUUGAGCUAGGUUUGAUCCUUAGGUGAUUUUGACAGAAUGGGUCCCAAAGCUCAUGGCAGCUCAGCCAAAGGAGGCUUCUGAUAUGGGGGCAUGCUUGUUCAACAUGUUAUAAUAUGCUUAAGGGCAGAGUGUUGAUAUCUAUGGAUUGAAUCCAUUAAAAAAAGAAAGAAGGAAAAUUAUAGAAUUGUAUCUGGUAUUUUCAAAUAUCCCUUUUAUAAUUUAUAUAGAUCUUACU